AUGACUGGGUACAAGCGGUGUCCGCACGCGCACUGUGGGGCUACAAACCCAAUAGUGCAAAUAAAGGAUGGCCAAUUAAGAGGAAAUGUUCAACGAUUACUUGAUAAUUCUGAAUACUACAGCUUUAAAGGUAUUCCAUAUGGACAAGCACCUGUGGGAAAACUCAGGUUUAAGGCUCCUCUACCUGUACAACCUUGGCAAGGUAUCCGUGACGCAACAGAGCAUGGUCCUGUGUGUCCACAAUUCAAUAUUUACACCCGACAAUUAAAAGCAGGGAGCGAGGACUGUUUGUUCCUUAAUGUUUAUACAAAAUCACUGAACCACAACGCUAAUAAAGCAGUAAUGGUAUAUAUACAUGGCGGUGCUUAUAUGUUUGGAUCUGGUGAUGAUAUUUUACUUGGACCUGAAUUUCUAGUACAACAUGACAUUGUAUUAGUUACAAUUAACUAUAGACUAGAGGUAUUUGGAUUCCUCUGUUUGGACCUCCCUGAAGUACCAGGGAAUGCUGGAAUGAAAGACCAAGUACUGGCUUUGCAAUGGGUCAAAAACAAUAUACAACAAUUUGGAGGUGAUGCUAAUAAUGUAACUAUUUUUGGAGCGAGUGCAGGCGCUGCUUCUGCCACAUACCAUUUGAUAUCGCCAUUAUCGAAAGGAUUAUUUCAUAAAGCUAUUGCACAAAGUGGAACUUGCACUGUAGACUGGGCGCAAACUAUAAACGCACAGGAUCGGGCUUUUAGACUAUGCAAAGUACUCGGAAAAGAUACCAGAGACCCUAAAGAGGCUUUGGACUUCCUACAAAAUAUACCCAUUAAGGAUUUCAUCCGCAAAACCUAUAAAACUAUGACCAAGGAUGAGAUACAUAGAGGAUUGAAAAUGCAUUUUGUGCCAGUUGUAGAAAAGUUCCAUAAUAACGCCUUCCUUUUUGAAGAACCUCAACACUUAUUUGUUGCUGGUAAAGCUCAAAACGUACCGCUCAUGAUAGGAUACAAUAAUAAGGAAGGCAUGAUAUCGGUGCCUAUGGAACUCGAAAAGAUAGAAUAUAGAAAUAAAAUGCCAUCAUCUUAUUUACCAAGAAAUAUUUGUAACAACAUAACAGCUGAUAAAGUAAAUGAAUUUGGGAAAAGGAUCAAAGAGUUUUACUGUAAAGGUGAAGAUUUGAGUGCUCAAAAUGUCGAUACAGUAUCUUCCUUGCUAUCAGAUUUGUAUUUUAUCAGCCCAAUACAUAUUUUUACGUAUCAUUACGCCAAAAUUUCGCAGUCCGUGUAUAUGUAUCGAUUUAAUUUUGAUACGGAGUUAAAUUUACUUAAAUCCAUAGUGGGCUUUAAUAGGAAAGGAGCUUGGCAUGGCGAUGAAUUGUUUUAUUUAUUUUGUAAUUAUUUAAAUAGAGAUAUUUAUGAGGAAAAUCAGAGACUAAAAAAAAUUGUUGAUCAAGUUACACUGAUGUGGACAGAUUUUGCUAAAAGCGGGUGA